AUGUCUGAGCUGGAUCACACCCCCCAGCAAAAUGCUGGACCUAGCCUUGUGAAUAUGGAGGUUAUGCGGAACCAGUCAGAGCUCUUCAGAGGAGAAUGCAUGAGGCUCAUCCUAGAAACCAAUAAAGCAUGUAAACGCAUGCAAGAGGAUGUCAACAAGCGACUAGAUCAGCGGGACAAAGACAUUCAGUUCCUGAAGAAGGAGCUGGAGCUGAAGUUGGAGGAGAUAAUUGUAGAAAUUGAUGUCCUCAUAGCGUUGCAGAGCAGAGUGGUGAAGGCCCUGGAGGCCUGCAAAGAGCCUCUGAGAGUCACUGUUCUCUGUCUGGAGGAGAGAAGGAAACGUGUUCCUUCUGAGAGGCUGCAUGAUGAGGUCGACAGAGAGCUGCUGAAGGAGAGGGACGUUAUUGAGGGGGCGGCUUCCCUUCUGCAGCGUGUAGUAGAGCAGAUCACGGAGCAGAUACGACUGAACCGAUCUGCCAAGUACCAUUUAGAGCAGGAUCUGAAGGAAAAAUCUGAGGCUCAGUGCAUCGACAACUCCUGCGCCUUAAUGACUGCCCACUCCAUCAAAAACCAGCAGAAGUCCAAAAACACAGUGUUGUCGAGCCUGCCAGUGACACCAAAGCACUGGGAGUGCACCUCAGAAAUCAACAUAGGCAAAGCCGAGCAGCAGAAGGCCAACUCUCUGUCCCUACGGGCUCUAGUGGAGUCUGUUCUGGAGCAGACGGCCACUGACAUGCAGAAGCAGAUCCAGGCCACAGCAUCAGCCUUUCAGCUGAACGUGCAGGAAAUCAAGUCUGCUAAGAGCCAAAUGGAGGAUCAACUGAGCAAGAUUCUGCCUGAGUUUGCCAGCCAGCAGAGGAUUAGAGAAGAUCUCCAAGUGGCCAUCACAGAAAAUGAACAUUUCCUGAGUCUGGCCAAGGCCAAGUUUGAUUUGCGUUGCCAGAGGCCUGCCAAAGAGCAAUGCUAUGAUCCAGUACAGUCCCAGCUCCUGGUCGAGGUCCAGCAGCUCACAGCUCACAUCAACAAGCUGCGUGAGGCAGUGGCCCAGUCAGAAGAGCAGCAGAGGGCUCUUGUUCGCUGCCAGCUGGAGCUGCAGGAAAACAUUGAGUGUAAGGCCAGCUCUCUCUACAUUGAUGAGGUCAUCUGCGCACAGCACAGGGAGCCCAUUAUCAUACAUAACUUCUGAGAGUCAGCAACAACAAAGGUUUACAUAUACCUAUUAUU